CUCCCGCACCUCACUUCCGCUCUACGGCGGCAGUGGCCCGGGGCCCGGGGCGUGUAUCCCGGGUCUCCUCCCUCAGCGCAGUGGAACUUGCGGAAGCGCAGCCUGACAUCCAGACGUCCGACCCCCGACUUCACGGAGCUGUUGUAUCACGCUGGUAGAAGAUGUUUUUUGCCAAGAGACUCAUCGGCGGCAUCCUUGAUGUCGUGGGCAACAUCGACCCAUCCCAGUUUGUGCCUUCUGAGCCUCCUCCACCACGUCGACCAGUUGCAUAUGCGGAGCACCAUGAAAGUGAUGAGGAGAAACAGUUCCGCAGAGUCUUCCAGCAACUCGCUGGAGACGACAUGGAAGUGAGCCCAUCUGAGCUGAUGAACAUCAUGAAUAAAAUCAUUUCAAAACAUGGAGAUCUGAGGACAGAUGGUUUCACCAUUGAGUCUUGCAGGAGCAUGGUGGCAGUCAUGGAUAGUGACAGCACUGGAAAACUGGGCUUCCAUGAGUUCAAACACCUCUGGAACAAUAUAAAGAAAUGGCAGGGAAUUUAUAAAUCCUACGACACAGAUGGCUCUGGUGUCAUUGGUGCAGAUGAGCUGCCCAACUCGUUCAGAGCUGCAGGUUACCCCCUCAAUGACGAGCUGUUCGAGAUGAUAAUUCGCAGAUACAGUGAUGAAAAUGGGAACAUGGAUUUUGAUAACUACAUUGGCUGCCUUGUGAGGCUGGAUGCCAUGUGCCGUGCCUUCAAAACCCUGGAUAAGGAUAACAAUGGGGCUAUCAAAGUCAACAUUCAGGAGUGGCUUCAGUUGACCAUGUACUCUUGAGUCCAGAUGAUGUCACUCCUGCUUGUUAUACGGAACCACUUUGUUUGUCUUCACUAGGCAUGUGCCGGUAUGAGAUUAAGACGGUAUGAUAACCUUGGCCAAAAAUGCAUUUGACGGCAAAUGUUAGUGGUUUCGGAACCGUGCCUUUUUAAUACCGUGGCUAACCUUGAAACCGGAAAGCGGCCCAUGCCUAGUCUUCACAGUACAAAAUACUUUAUCAACCACCCCUAUGCCCUCCUGUGUUAUUCAGUAAAAACCCCUGUGCUUGCAGGCGUAUUAAGAAUAUUAACGCAAUGCAAGUGUUGUAGGAUUCUUCACUGUUCUGUAAUACUCGCCAGAUGGAAUUGGAAAAAACAACAACAAACGUACAAACCUGCACUCACACUGGUCACAAAGCUGAGGAAGGAAGGAACAUUCACACCCUCUGUCAAAUCUGUCAAACUUGCUGAAAAAAACAGGAAAACCUACUACACACGCUCAUCACUGUAAAAAAAAAAGUUCCACAAGACACAUCCCAGGUUUACCUCCGGUGAGCCUUGUGGAACACGUUUUUGUAAGCUUGCUUGGCCAUGUAUUGUAGUAGAAGUAGCUACCAGCUGUUCUUCCUAAUUGGAUCCUUCUCAUUACUGUGGGUGCAGGUAGACAUCUCUUAUUGACAUCUCCAUCUUUCUGCUGUCGUCCGCGCCUGUUGGGGCUGGACAGUGUUUACCUGUAGCUUCAUAUUAGUACAUGGAAAUUAUUGACCUUAGCAAAGCUCCAUCCAACCUCCACCUUUGUACAAACCAGAGGUCACUCUAAAUGAGUGUUCAUUUAAACGUAUGACAAACAGCAAACUACGUGAGGUCACCAGAUCCCAUGUGUUAUUAAAUUGCCCCACCCUAACAACUGCAACAAUGCUGACAGGAGUGUUGGGGAAAAGGCUUUUAGCCGCUAUGAAGCCCGCUAUGUAAAACUAACUAUACAUUAAUUAUCUUACUGUUUGUUAAACCACUAUCAUAUUCAGAGUCUGAGUGAAACCGGGCCCACGGUGCAUCACAGUAACAGUGGUAUUGUGUCAGGAAUCCUGAUUCGUCCUACAGCCACUAGAAAAUCUAAACAAUGAAUAAAUCUCCAAAAUUCAAAACGUUCUUUAUUAGUUAAUAUUAAAAGUUGUUUGUGAAUGUUUAUAUUCAGUAUACUCAACUCUAUAUCUUCUCUGUAACAAUAAUGUACAGUAACAUCCUAAGACACUUGUAUUUGGGCAGGCUGAUAUUUUUGCUGUUGAAUAUUGAUGCUGUUCGUGCCAUAGCUUUCCCUCUGUCUCGGCUUACUGAUCACUUUAUCACUUCUCACUAUGUACUUAUUCAAAAUACUAACUAGCACGCUGUGUGAAUUUAUCAUAUAUAACUGAUGUGUAUGCCACCAAUGCAUGCAGCCAAUAGAAAGCAGGGAUUGUGAAGGGGUUUUUAAACAUGCAAUUGUAGCCACGGCCGUUUUACUGUUACUGAAAAUGUGUGGGAAAAUAAAUACCUGUGCCAUAUUUCAAAUAAAUGCUAUCUUAAAUUUGUCA